AUGUAUAAACUAGAGAUUUAUCAAGUAUUAAUAACCGAAUCCAAGUGUGACAAAAGCAAUAUUAUUGGUGGAUAUCCUAUAGCAUCCAAUAUGAUUGCAUUAUUCAAACCAGUACCACAAAAUGCCACGUCCAAUGCAAACAAAGACAAUGACGUUCCAAUAAAACUUUACAUUUUUCCAUUUACCAAAAUGUUCUAUAAAUUCAUUCCAAUUGUUGUCAUAUCAGAUGGUGGCAAUAAUUAUCGAUUUCAUACAUCUGAUUGA